AUGGCCGACCACGAGCCGCGGCGCGACUACGCGGGGCGGCGCAGCGACGACGGCCGCUUCGCCGCGACGGCGAGCGUCGCGGGCGGCAGCGAGUCCGUCGUGAUCCGCCGCGACGACGGGUCGCGCCUCAGCUUCGGCGACUGGGCGCGGCUCCUGGCGGCGGACGCGGAAUUCGCGCGCUUCUUCAACUCGCUCCUCGCCGCGUCGCCCUACGACGCGUUCUACUGGGAGUGCCCGCCGACGUCCGCGACGACGCUCGACGCCGUCCCCUACGAGCACAAGACCGUGCGGAGCCGGGGCUUCGCGCCCGCGUCGCCCUCGGACUUUUCGGAGCACCUCCGCGAGCCGUGCGCCGCGGGCGCCGGCGUCGCCGCGUUCCCGAACCUCGGCCGCGACGCCAUGCUCGUCGCGCCCUGCGACGCCGGCGCCGCGCCGCCGGAGGACGGCGCGCCCCCCCACCGCAAGCACCCGACGCUCCGCGAGAAGCGCGAGGCCCGAAAGGACCGGGACGAGGCCGCGGCGGCGCGCGACGCGGCGCCGCUCGAGGCCUACGGCCACGUCGCCAACUUCGCGCGCCUCGCGCCCGACGGCCAGCGCGUCGCCUUCUGGGCCAAGGUCGGCGCCGUCUACGAGGCCCUCGUCAAGCAGGGUCGGCCCGUCUGGCUCAGCACCGAGGGGUCCGGCGUGCCCUGGCUCCACGUCCGCAUGGACUCCCGGCCCAAGUACUACCACACGCGCGAGUUCAAGGACUGGAAGCCGUGGAGCGAACCGACGCCGCUCUAA